CAUAGCCUCCUCUGCCAUAGGGGCGCGGGUCCUGGAAGCUCGGGGUCUGCCAGGUGCGGGGUGUCUGCGACGAGGGUCGGGUUGGGUCGGGUCGGAUUGGGUUGCGCCGGGCGGAGGCGUUUCUGAGCAGGCCAGCCAGCCAGCUGCGGUGACAUCACCGACCCCCUCCCCCGCGCGAACCCCCUUCCUUCCUCUCCCCGCCGCGCCUUUUGUCCGGGCCAGGCUCGGCUCUGCCCCGCCCCUCCCCGCCCAUCUGCGGGGGAGGAGACUCCCCGUCAGUGACUUCAUUGAGUAGCUUCUCGGGGAUUGGACUUGGGUCCUCCCCAGAGAGGCGAGAGGAGCUCACUGCCUCUCGGGGGCCCUGGCUGUCACACCUGUCACAGGUACACACGCUGCCACUCAGCAAGCACCCACUGUCACUUCCAGCCUCACUGUCACCCAGUCAUACAGCCACUCACAUUCAGCCAGCCAGACACUGCUGUACCUGAGGGCAGGUGGCCGCUGGACCCUCUCCCUCCACUCCGCACCCGGGGAUCAGGUCCGGCUCCUGCGGCACGACACAGGCCUUGCUGGGCAAGCGCCUCUGAGACUCUGAGGAGGUGGCUGCCAGAGCUACGGCGUCCCAAGCAGGCUCCGGUGGAGCGAUCAGAGGUGAGGGGCUUGGCUGGGCAUGUUUAAGCGCACAGUGCUCUCCUGCCCACCCCCAGCAGCACCCCCACUACAGGCUCGAGGAGCUUUCCGGAGCUUCCCACACUUCUGGGGAGAAGACUUCUUAGCCAGCUUGAUGUUUAAAAUUCAGCUGGAGCCCUUAAAACUUCGAGCGUGGACGCUGAAUGGGUUUGUAAAGUUUCGAAACAAGGAGCCCAGCACCGGUCCAGUGGCUGUGAUGGGGAAGGAUUAUUACAAGAUUCUCGGGAUCCCGUCAGGGGCCAAUGAGGAUGAGAUCAAAAAAGCCUAUCGGAAGAUGGCCUUGAAAUACCACCCAGACAAGAACAAGGAACCCAACGCUGAGGAGAAGUUUAAGGAGAUUGCUGAGGCCUAUGACGUGCUGAGUGACCCUAAGAAACGGAGCCUGUAUGACCAGUAUGGGGAGGAAGGCCUCAAGACCGGCGGUGGUACUUCAGGUGGCUCCAGUGGCUCCUUUCACUACACCUUUCAUGGGGACCCUCAUGCCACCUUUGCUUCCUUCUUUGGUGGCUCCAACCCCUUCGAUAUCUUCUUUGCCAGCAGCCGCUCCACUCGGCCCUUCAGUGGCUUUGACCCAGAUGACAUGGAUGUGGAUGAAGAUGAGGACCCAUUUGGUGCCUUUGGCCGCUUUGGCUUCAAUGGGUUGAGCAGGGGUCCAAGGCGAGCCCCAGAACCACUGUACCCCCGGCGCAAGGUGCAAGACCCCCCUGUGGUGCAUGAGCUUCGGGUAUCCCUGGAGGAGAUCUACCAUGGCUCCACUAAGCGCAUGAAGAUUACAAGACGGCGCCUCAACCCUGAUGGGCGAACUGUGCGCACCGAGGACAAAAUCCUGCACAUCGUCAUCAAGCGCGGCUGGAAGGAAGGUACCAAGAUCACCUUCCCCAAAGAGGGCGAUGCCACACCUGACAACAUCCCAGCCGACAUUGUCUUCGUGCUCAAAGAUAAGCCUCAUGCACACUUCCGCCGAGAUGGCACCAAUGUGCUCUACAGUGCGCUCAUCAGCCUCAAGGAGGCGCUGUGUGGCUGCACCGUGAACAUUCCCACCAUUGAUGGCCGAGUGAUCCCUCUGCCCUGCAACGAUGUUAUCAAGCCAGGCACCGUGAAGAGACUCCGCGGGGAGGGCCUCCCCUUCCCCAAGGUGCCCACUCAGCGGGGAGACCUCAUUGUUGAGUUCAAAGUUCGGUUCCCUGACAGAUUACCACCGCAGACACGUCAGAUCCUUAAGCAGCACCUCCCCUGCUCCUAGGCUCCGCCCUGGCCAGUCUGGAGCCCGCCACAGCAAUACCCCACACUCACCCCAUCUCAUGUGGACCCAGCUGGAUGCCCACCGGACACUGGCACCUUUCUAAAAUGCAAAAAGAAAAAAAAAAGCCACUGAUUUUCAGGAAACUGUUCCUGUCCCCAACCCCUUUCAGAGUUGGGCUGCUUUGGGGGAAUGGGAGGGAGGUGGGAGAGCUAGCCCAGGCCAGGGGUCAACUUUCUGUCACUAGCUUUGAAUCCAGUUCCCACUCCAGUGGCUGGAGAGUGACUUGAGUGCUACUUGAAGAUAGAGAGUCCUUGUCCAUGCCUGUAAAUAGCAUGUCCUCCUCCCCUCAGCCUUGCUAACACCCUUCCUCUCCCUUCCCUCUGGCUUCCUCCUGUUUCUGGAGAAAGAGGACAGAAAGGACACCCCUCCCUCAGGUCUGUAGUGUCCAAGGCUAUCCUACAAGUAUUCAUGCCCAUGGAGCACUGGCCUAAAGUGGUCUGUGUCUCUCUGCGAGACAGAGGAGCGGACAUAGGAAGGGAAGGUCCGUUACCUGUGAACAAGGCGUCCAUUGAGCACGAGACACUUUCAUUUGGGGACAGGGAGGUGAACCAACACUCAGGAGCCUCCCCAACAGCUGCUCUGCCUACGCCCCACAGAGUUGGAGGGUCUGUCCCCCCCGCUGCUCUGAGGAGUGUUCACGGGUGGGGAAAAGAGAGGCUGAGGCAUUACAGCUAAGAGGUGGGGCAGGACCCACCUCCCGGCCAUCAUCAGGAAGGAAAGGGCUUUGGGGUCAGGUGGCAGCUACUCCCCACCAAGAGAUUCAGGAUCACAGGUUCUCCCCACAUCUCUGAACUCAGGGCCAGGCCACCCGAAACUUCCAAACCCCACUUUUGUGAUAUGUGAAGCUACUUAUUUCUUACCUUUCUUGGAGGCUGUGUCAGAGAUUUCCAGCCCCUCUCUGCCUGUGUGACCCCCACCCCUCUCCCACAGUUGUAUAAAAGUCAAACCGUGAAGAGCUGGGAGGAGACUGCUUCAGCUGCUCCUGGGGUGGGGUCUUUAGGUUUUCUCACUUUGACAAGCCCCUGAAUGUUUUUAUAGUAGUUUUUUGUAUUUUUUUGUAAUGACAGUAUUAUGAAAAAAAUAAAGUAUUUUAAAAAUA